AUGGAUGAUAAAUUAAAGAACAGCAAUGGCAAUGAUGAUUUAUGUAAUGGUAUAUGCUGUAAAUUUUGUUGUUGUAAUGACAAAGUACUAUCUGAUAUAUAUAAAGAACCUUGUAAAAAUAUAUGCAAGAUAUUAAUAAAAUUAUCUACUAUUAUGAGUAAUGAAAAUAAUAUACGUGAUCGUUGUUCCUAUUAUAAUUAUUGGGCAUUUGAGCAAUUAUGGAAAAUUUCUGAUACAAACUCUGUUUCCAAUUCUAACGUAAAAAAUAGUCUUACAGAUUGUGAUAAAGCUAUACUACAGAAAGUAAUUCAGAACAUAAACCGCAGAGAUGAUGUAAAGAAUGAACCUUGUUACUUUUAUUUUGAUGGCACUUUCAGUGAAUGGAAAAAGGAGAAAUAUAUGCAUGAUUAUUUUAAAAACUAUGGUCAUCUUAUAGAAAAAGAUACGGUUAAACCCGAAGAUAAGAAAUACUGUGAACAUAUUUCUGCGAUUGCUCCACUGUAUAUAGAUUAUUUAAGUGAAUGCUGCACGUAUUUUUUCUUUGGUUAUCAUUGGGAUCAUUGUCCAAAUUUUUUUAAAUGUGAUAAAAAUUUAAAUCCUUAUAAAUUGCUUAAGGAAUUUAAUUGCAAUAGUGAGUCGAUACCUGAAAAUUCAGAUAGUUUAGUACAAUCAUUAACAAUUGAUCGGCAUGUCAUACUUAGAAGUCGAAAGAGAGGAGGAAGAGGAUUAACAUGUGAUCCUUUUUACAUGACUAUAUUGCUUGCUUUCAUAGUUUUGGGAAUAUUCUACGUGUUCUUUUUCCUUUACAAAUUUACUCCUUUAGGAUCAAUGGUUAACAGGAAGGAACGUAAGAAACAGGAAAUGAAUCGUCAUUUUCAGGAACAGGAUAACCAUAAACCGCCACCUAAAAAGUCGCCACAAGAUCAAGAGAGUACAUCAAAGAAAAGAAUAAAAAUAGCUUAUCAUCCUACGUGA